GCUGGAGCAGGAAGGAAAAGUGAAGCACGCGGGGAAGGGAGACGCUUCUUCUUUAACCCGCCUGCGCCAGGUAAUACACGUGUCUUUCCGUUUGGUACGUGUGAAUUGUGCGUGUCUUGUUUAUUGCUGGUUUGUUCCGCAUAAUUUCUCCCCCCUCUUUUCAUUUGUAAAUUACAUUAUUUAAUUAAGUUGGGUUAGUAAAAUAAAGUUAUAUACUCCCUUCUCAGUUAGAUAAUUUUGCUUUACGAAUUUCCAGAAAUUCCUGGGCCGCCCUUGCAUCACCAUCAUUAAUAUUACUACUUCCUUGGUUUUUUGUUUUUUGUUUAAAAAAAACAACAUUUCUCACAAGGUAUCUCUAAAACGAUCCCUUUCUGAAAUUACUUCGGUGAUGUGGGAAGUCAGGCCUUGGCUUGUGCACGUGUGAAAAGGACUAGGCAGUUGGUUCUGUUGUUCCCCAUGUGUGCAUGGGGGAGCGGGCUCAGUUGUCCUUCCUGCUGCCCAAAACUAUAAUUCUCAGAUUCCCAGGUUUUAUUUUUUUAGAAAGUAACGUUCUCGUUUUAGUAGAACUUUUCUUUCUUUUGAAAUGUUUUAGAUUGUUGUGGUUGUUCUUAACUUUGCUGUGUUAAAUGUGCAUUUAAUUCCCUGUUAAUUAUGUUGCUUUGAAGGCAGACUUUCUGUUUGACGUUCUUCAGUAAGUUUUUAUUCUGGCUUGUUUUAUUUGAUGUUUCAAUGUGUUGUAAAGCGUGCUGACAUUUUCUCUUAAAAAUAUAAAGCAGCAUGGCAGAGUCAUGAAUAAUAAUAUUAAAUAUGAAAAAUGCACAGGCACUAUUCUCCUAUUUCUGUGUGUAUCAGAAACUAUUCUGGUCCCCCACUUUACUUUGCUCCUACCCCUUGGGAAAAAUACCUGCAAAUUCCCUUGUAUUUUUUAUAAUUUUACAUAUAUAGAUUUUGUGUUUUUAUCAUUUUGCUAUAUACUGUUUUCCCCACCUCUCUCUUUCAUGUGUAAGACUCCCUGCUCCGAUUGUUUCAGCUCCUGCUGUUACCCCAGCGGUGUGAGUAGCAGCUCGUGUGAAAUUGCAGACUGCAAAAGUUGUGAUUGAAGGUGUCCUAAGAUGUAUUGAGGGACGCAGGUGGCACUGUGGGUUAAACCACUGAGCCUAGGACUUGCUGAUCAGAAGGUCGGCGGUUCGAAUCCCUGCAAUGGGGUGAGCUCUCGUUGCUUGGUCCCUGCUCCUGCCAACCUAGCAGUUCGAAAGCACAUCAAAGUGCAAGUAGAUAAAUAGGUACCGCUCCGGCGGGAAGGUAAACGGCGUUUCCGUGUGCUGCUCUGGUUUGCCAGAAGCGGCUUAGUCAUGCUGGCCACAUGACCCGGAAGCUGUACGCCGGCUCCCUUGGCCUAUAGAGUGAGAUGUGCGCCACAACCCCCGAGUCGGCCACGACUGGACCUAACGGACAGGGGUCCCUUUACCUUUACCUUUAAGAUAUAUUGAAUUCAUUCAGGUGCACACACAUUCAUGGCACAUGCAAUUUGCAGUAUGUCCCUAUGUGGCCACAGAUGCCACAUAGAGAAAGCCUAUCUGGGCCCGGCAUUCCACAGUCAAGGGUGUCACCACUAAGAAGGCCCUCUCCUCGGUAGCUGCCUACCUCACUUAAAUUGGCUACGGCACCUGAAUCUGAGCCUGUGAAGAGACUCUCAAGAUUUGGGUAGUUAUAUAUGGUUUCCAGCAACUGGUUUUUAGAAGUAUUGGUGCCUCUAACCAAAGGGAAGUCACUUUGCCUUUCUUGAUAGGUGAACUUAAUUAACAUACUUUACAUGGUUUUCAGGAGGACAGCAUAGCUUUGUGCACUUUAAACUUUCUAUGAAUGAUUAAGGAUACAUAUAGUGGCACCAUCUCUCCUGAAGCUCUUCAGCCAGAUCUUUUGCUUCCUAGAGGUUUCAUUUUGCUCUUAUACCCAGAUCCAUGUCUGUGGUGACACGUCUUGAGACUGGUAAGAGAUUAUUAAACUUAGUAAAAUGACAACGGCAAAAUUCAAACUUGAGCUUUUUCAAAUCGCUCCUGAUUUACACAGGGAUUGCGUUCCAAGGCACCACACGUUUAAGUAAAAUCACCAAAUUAAGUAAAAAUUAUGUAAAAACCAAAUUAAGUAAAAUUUGGAACACCAUGGGAAAAGCUUGCAAACACCCCGUUUCUGCCAUGUUCUGCCCCUUUUUGUGACAUUGUUGGGUCACUUGUGGGUUCAGUGCAAUGCACAUAUCAAAUGUGCGUAAAUGGGGCUUAAUGAUUGUUGCUUACUGCAGUGACUGCUUAUCCAAAAUUAAGCAUGAUCAUUUCUGUACAGGGUCACAAAGGACACACAAGAUACACAUUUUUGCUUAAUACACAUUUUAGCUUAAGCAAGUAUUUUAUAAUUUAUAUCUUUUCCUUUUGGUCAAUUUCGUUGCCAUCCAGCUGGUUUGGGGGUUGUAUUCCAAGUCUGUUGACUGUUACAGCCCUAACUGAUCUGGGGAUAUCUCAGAAUCGUACAGACAAGCUCAAGUUUUUUUACUUAUUUAUGGAGGCUCUUUUUCAGCAGAGGGAAUCUUUAUCUGUGGCAAUGCUUAAAUAAAGAAAUAAUCUCCCAAGAGAGAUUCAUUUGAUUGUGCCCCACUCUUUUUUUGCUUGUUUCUAAACAGACUUUUAUGCAUUUUCCCAGUCAGAGCCCUUGUUAGUUAUAUAGGGCUGUACAAAAUGCCGUUAAUCUGCUAGUGCAAGACCUCCUGCGCUAGCAGACGAGUGAGUUUUAAUACUGCACAGCCGACGAACCCAGUGUAACAGUUGUACCAGCAGAAGCUUGCCGUGUAACCGAUUGCACCAAAGUUCACAGCAACGUUCCCCAGUGCAGAACGUUUUGCCAGUGGAACAAGCAUGCUGUAGUUUAACAUAGUGCUACGCUGGAUAUCACCCUUAGUCUGCCUUGGCUGUUUCCUUUCUUAAGAUUCUGUUUUCGCUGUUGUUUUCAUUUAUCUAGCUUCGUCAUUGCGACCAUUUUUAAAUUUUGCUUGGUACUUUUUGUUACUGGUGUUAGAGACCUGGAGGUGCAGAACGGUGGCUUAAAAUGUCCGAGCUGUGAAUUAGGAAGGCCCUGGUCUGAAUCACAUCUCUGCCAGGAACUCAUUAGGUGGCUUUCAGGCAAGCCCCUGUCUCUCUGCCUCAGUCUGCCCAUCAGAAGUAUGGGGGUAAUAAUACUUACCUUGCAGGGACAUAAGAAUUGUGACUAGAUAGUGCAUGCAAAGUGCUUCGGAUAGAAAAACAGAAUUGUAGAAUUGUUGGAAGGGACCCUAUGGGUCAUCUAGUCCAACCCCUGCAAUUUAGCCAGGCUAUUUUUCAGCAGACUAUUCCGUCCCCACCCCAGUCUUCCUUUUUCCUUUUCCUAUGAUCACUUAACAUUUCAGGACUACCAAUCGUUUUCAGUCCUCUUUGGGCUUCUUGCCACCUUAUGUUUGUUUUUGUUUUAAAAAUGGGUGGUUUCUUUUUGCACUUCUGUAACCCUUGGGUUUGGGACGUGGGUGACGCUGUGGUCUAAACCACUGAGCCUAGGGAUUGCCUAGGCUCAGUGGUUUAGACCACAGCGUCACUCAGAAGGUCGCCGGUUCGAAUCCCUCCGACGGGGUGAGCUCCCGUUGCUCGGUCCCUGCGCCUGCCAACCUAGCAGUUCGAAAGCACGUCAAAGUUCAAGUAGAUAAAUAGGUACCGCUCCGGCGGGAAGGUAACCGGCGUUUCCAUUCGCUCCUCUGGUUUUGCCAGAAGCAGCUUAGUCAUGCUGGCCACAUGACCCGGAAGCUGUACGCCGGCUCCCUUGGCCAAUAAAGCGAGAUGAGCGCCGCAACCCCAGAGUCGUCCGUGACUGGACCUAAUGGUCAGGGGUCCCUUUACCUUUACCUAACCCUUGGGAUUUUCUUCCCUGCAUGCCUCCCAAGUAUGCUGAUGCCUUUCUCUUGAUUUGCAGAGUCCCUAUUUGAACUCCAAGCUGGUCAGCGCUCAGCACCUGCAUUCAUUAUCAGAACAAUUUAUAUUUUCAUUCGUGAGUCACUCUGAGUUUGAAUUCAGCUUACAAAGGCAGGCCUGCAGUUAAUGAUACAUUUGGUCUUAGCUAUCCUUCGGGCUGGAAGCUGUUUCUGGGCACAGCUCUGUUCUUCGAAGGCAUAAAGAUCUUCCUUUCCCCCAAGACAGAUUCCAGAGGUGUCGAGCAAAUUGGCUGCCAAUUGCGUUGCUUCUUCAGGUCCUAUUGCCUUGGAAACAUGGCUUCUAAAAUAACACAUGUGCAUUAGUGUGGGAAUCGCGAGAGAGAUGGAAGGCCCAGCCAGAGAAAUAAUUAAAUGCAGAAAAUGAGUCACACUCAAGACUUAUUUUUAAAUAAGAAUUGUUUUCUUGUUCUGGAGUUUGCUUUGAGCUGUUGCUCCCAACCUUGGGACUGUUUUACCUGUUGUUUUGGUGGCUCUUUCUUUGAAACAGUCCAGUGCUCAAAUGCUUGGCGUCUGCAUUUUUGCAAAGCACUUAGAAGCUUCAAACUAUUCUUUUCCAUAGUCAGGAUGUUCAGGCUUCCCUUCCGGGCUACCAUGGAAAAGCAGUGGCCUAUUCUACUGAAUGCCUGGUUUAGGUCAAAGGCGGGGAAAACUCUAGCCUGCAGGCCAAAGGCAGUCUGUCAAGACCUCUUGAUUCAUCCUUGAGGCUGUUUUGAAAAAGCCAGGCCCUCUGUCCUACAUGACAUCAAGUGUGGGUGGGUGGGCUUCAAAGGAACAACCUGGAUCUUAAGUGAGCUCCUGAUCGUCCCUUUCCUUAGAGCAAGACGUGCUCUCAUCUGCCCCACAGCUGUCAGGAGCAAAUAGGCAGUAAAUCACACUGUUCUGGUUUGAGUUAACUCCUUACCAGCCAAAACAUGAUAUGCACAGACUUGUCAGGGCGUCAGGCCUAAUGAACUCAUCUCUGGUAGGUCUUGUCCCGCCUCCCCACAGCUGCUGGAGUCCUCUCCUCUCCAGCAUUUUCUCCAGUCAAUCAGAGACUGUGCCUGCAUGCAGCCAACCUCUCCUCUGCCCUUUUCAUGCCUCUUCUGGUUCUAGGCGACAAGCGGGGCAGGGAGCUUGUCACAGCAGGAGGAGGAGACACCUGUGACUCUUCCCCAGGUGGACUCAUCUCUGCCUCUUGGCCUCCCUCCUUCCACCCUCCAGUGUGGUGUAGUGGUUAAGAGUGGUGGACUCGUAAUCUGGUGAACCGGGUUCGCUUCCUUGCUCUUCCACAUGCAGCUGCUGGGUGACCUUGGGCUAGUCACACUUCUCUGAAGUCUCUCAGCCCCACUCACCUCACAGAGUGUUUGUUGUGGGGGAGAAAGGGAAAAGAGAAUGUUAGCUGCUUUGAGACUCCUUCGGAUAGUGAUAAAGCGGGAUAUUGAAUCCAAACUCUUCUCCUGCUUCUGCCUCUGUUUCUGAAAUCCUCUCUGCCACAGACUUUCUCAGCUCACUAAACCCUGUUACCUCCUCAGCUUCCCACACCUUCUCCUCCCUGCCUCUUCUGUCUGACCACUCGUCCCACCACCAAUUCCCAGGCUCUGAGCCAUCUUCCCUUGGGGGUUCCCCAGCUCGUGCCCCCCACUAUUCCUCUGCAUCCAGCCGAUCCAUGACAUCAGUUGAUGGGGGAUACGGAGCUUCUCCCUCCCAGCAUUGCUUUGUGAAGCCGCCCUGUGCUGCUCCUUCCAACCGCUGACUUUGAGGGUGGAAAGGAACAGCGAGUGGGCUGGGCCCGUGAGGUUUGCCCAUGUCAGUGUCUCCAUUUCCUUGUGGACAGAGGUCUUUAACUUACUGGUGCCUCCCUAGGCAGAAGCUCCUGAACGGCGACUCUUGAGGAGGUGCCUGAUUAGAGGCAUCCGAUAUCACAGGCACCUCCCUGGUAAUCUGCUUGAACAGGCAUCUCCAACCUUCGGCCCUCCAGAUGCUUUGGACUACAAUUCCCAUCACCCCUGACCACUGGUCCUGUUACCUAGGGAUCAUGGGAGUGACCCCAUGGACCAGAGCACGCCAGGCACUCCUGUCUUCCACUGCCUCCCGCAGUUUGGUCAAACUCAUGCUGGUAGCUUCGAGAACACUGUCCAACCAUCUCGUCCUCUGUCGUCCCCUUCUCCUUGUGCCCUCCAUCUUUCCCAACAUCAGGGUCUUUUCCAGGGAGUCUUCUCUUCUCAUGAGGUGGCCAAAGUACUGGAGCCUCAGCUUCAGGAUCUGUCCUUCCAGUGAGCACUCAGGGCUGAUUUCCUUCAGAAUGGAUAGGUUGGAUCUUCUUGCAGUCCAUGGGGCUCUCAGGAGUCUCCUCCAACACCAGAAUUCAAAAGCAUCAAUUCUUCGGCGAUCAGCCUUCUUUAUGAUCCAGCUCUCACUUCCAUACAUCACUACUGGGAAAACCAUAGCUUUAACUAUACGGACCUUUGUUGGCAAGGUGAUGUCUCUGCUUUUUAAGAUGCUGUCUAGGUUUGUCAUUGCUUUUCUCCCAAGAAGCAGGCGUCUUUUAAUUUCGUCACCAUCUGCAGUGAUCAUGGAGCCCAAGAAAGUAAAAUCUCUCACUGCCUCCAUUUCUUCCCUUUCUAUUUGCCAGGAGGUGAUGGGCCCAGUGGCCAGCCAGAUGCUUAACGGAUAACCAAUCGCAACCAGUCCAUCAUUUGAAAAAUAAGACUUAAGAGCCGUCUUGCCCCCAAAUGGCGACUAGACAUUCUGUUUUGGCGACUGCAGCCCUGGUUUAAAGUGCCAUUUGGCAUCUAGCUUAUAUAUCCAAGUUUCUAAUGCUGCUCACCUACGGCGUGCUCUGAGCUUGGAGUACCUGUUGUGGACAGAAGCAAAUGAAGGUGAUGGACUUCCUUUACUUCCCUAAAUCCUUGAGCUGCCUCUGUCCUCCUUUCUGGGCUAAAAGCAUCCUUCAGAGGCAGAGCAAGCUGACAUGCCUUGUUCUACCCCCUCUAGACGCAUUGGCUUGUCUCUGCACCUGGAGGUGGGCUGUAGCUUAGGGGUAGAACAUCUGCUUUGCAUGCAGAAGGUCCUAGGUUUGAUUCCCAGCGCCUCCGGUUAGGGGGACGGGACGGAAAUCCCUGCCUAAAACCCUGGGAAACAGCUUCUCAACAUGGUAGACAACACUGAACUUGGUGAACUAAUGGCUUGACUUUGCUUCGGGUUCCCGUGCUCCUCUGCGAUACAUGGGUGUCAUUAGUAGGGUGGGAGAGCCCUUAAGGACUAGAAACUUGGAAAUGGCACACCAAAAAUAGUGAGAUGCCCAGGGCAGAUUCUAAAAAGCCAGGACGAAGUGGCAGCAGUAGAAACGGGGAAGAGGUUUUUUAAAGCAGCAGUUCUGAGCCACUCGAUGGUGAGGGAGGGUGAGAGACAGCAGGAGAGAGAAAGCAAAGAGAUUGUGUGGUCUUGGUGCUUCAACGCAGGCAGACGCAAGCCUUGCUUGGCAUAGAUAUGACGACACCACUGCUUUGCGUGGGGUUUGCUUUCCAGUGGUUACUUGCCGCAGCGGCCCUGCUCUUGGGAGACAGCAACUAUUGUGAAAACCGCAUUGUUGCCAAAAGAUUCUCUGGGAGGUAGAAGAGUGUAAUUCAUGAAUCACCGGUCUAUUUUUGAAAACCUUGUAGGAUUUAAAUGACUCACGGAUCUCUCUUUAGCCGAAGAAAUGCUGUUUAUAACUUGUGUGUCAAUGACUGAACAUCUAUAACUAUAUUCCAGUAGCAUUAAAAGUUAUGCGGACCAAUAUUUCAAGCCUGCCAUGGAAGGUUUUAUAGUCCUUUAUCACCUCCAAUAUACUCCUGGAGAAAAUGGUAUUUCAAAUACUACUUUGCGACCAGUAAUUCAAUAUUGAAUUCCAAUUAAUUCUUCUAGUCACCCGGUACAACAUUUUGAGGUCUUCUCCCUGUGAACUGUGGUUUGCAAACUGGAAGCUAAGCUUUGCCUCUCUUUGGAGCAAAUUUUACCUCCCAACCACGGUUUCACAUGUCAUGUCCAUCCAUACAAACCAUAGUUUCUUUGAAAUGAUUACUUGGAGCAGUUUAGCAAACCAUGUUUGUUAGGAGAGUUUGGAGGCAAGGCUAGGGGGUGGAUAGUUUGUUUAUUUAUUUCAUAGUGACUUCAGGAGAGGCAACAGAGUGGAAGGGGGUGUCCCCUCUGCAAGACAAGAGACCUGGCCAUGGUUUGACAGUCCAGCUUGGCUUCUCUACCAUGGUGGGAGUUCAGCUGGGCUGUGGUGAGAGAGACAAGCUGACGGUCCUAGCCCCAAACUUGGGUGGAAGUCUGGAAGUUGGUUGUGGAUCUCUGCAAGAUGCAAGCAAAGAUCUAGAGCAAACUUCGGUUGCCCCUCUUUGGCUUCAGUGAGUGCAUGGGGGCUUGUUUCUGUCCCUUCCAGGUCACUGUUGCUCCAGGCUGGAGGAAGAAAACAAGGAGGUUGUUUCAGGGACGUAAUAAUAAUAAUAAUAAUAAUAAUAAUACCCCGCCCUCCCCAGCCCCGGGCUCAGGGCAGCUAACACCAGGUUUAAAAACAAUUGAUUAAAAUACAACUUAAAAACAAGAUUAAGUACAACAUUAAAAUGCAGCCUCAUUUCAGUAGAAACUCAAAUCAAAAACUUUUUGGGGAUAAAAAUGUCAAAUCUUCACCAAGGCCAACUAUCCAAACUGGUAACUACGUGGGCCAGAAAAAAGCCAGGGAAGUCCCCAAAUAUGAGUUCCAUCACAGAAGGAAAAAGGAAAGAGGGGGAGGGGAUCAAGCUGAUUCCAAGCCAAAGGCCAGGCGGAACAAUUCUGUUUCAGGGACAAGCAGGGACAUGUGCUGGCGAAGACAAACCGUUUGUUGGUCACUAAGGCAACCCCAAAUUUGUUGACCUCUGAACAGGGCUCUGUCUGUGGCAGAGAGAGGCUUUGGUCCCACGGUUGGGUGCUGCAUGUGCCUUCCUUAUUCUUGUGAUGGAUGACCUUUGAGUUCCCUCCUGAUUUGAUGAUAGUCAGAUUGAAACAAAGGGGAAAAGCAGGGGGAUGUGUGAAAAGCAGUAUUUAAGCCAGUAUUGUUGGACUACAACUUCCAUCAUCCAUGCCCAUUGGCCAUGCUGGGGGCUGUUGGGAAUCGCAGUCUAACCACAGCAGAGGGGAGGCAGCUGGUUUCGCCGCCCAUGAUUUACGGGAUAGAGGUUGCUGAAGCGAGGUGCUCAACUCAACGGUUGGACAUUGGGCCAAAGGAACAGGACCCAGAGUUGGGACUCUGGGGGCAGUUUAACCCCGCCCUGUGUGGUCUGAGGACUGAACGUGAGCCUUGAGCAUUAACCCUUAAUAAUUAAUAAUAAUAAUAAUAAUAAUAAUUUAUUUAUACCCCACCCAUCUGGCUGAGUUUCCCCAGCCACUCUGGGCAGCUCCCAACAGAAUAUUAAAAUAACCUAAACAUUAAAAGCUUCCCUGAACAGGGCUGCCUUCAGAUGUCUUCUAAAAGUCUGGUAGUUGUUUUUCUCUUUGACAUCUGGUGGGAGGGCGUUCCACAGGGCGGGUGCCACCACUGAGAAGGCCCUCUGCCUGGUUCCCUGUAACCUCACUUCUCGCAAUGAGGGAACCACCAGAAGGCCCUCGGCGCUGGAUCUCAGUAUCCGGACUGAACGAUGGAGGUGGAGAUGCUCCUUCAGGUAUACUGGACCGAGGCCGUUUAGGGCUUUAAAGGUCAGCACCAACACUUUGAAUUGUGCUCAGAAACGUACUGGGAGCCAAUGCAGAUCUCUCUUUGCCAUGUAUUCUUUCCCUGACACAGCCACCCACUCCCUCUUUCAUAACAUCCAGAAACUGCGUUUUGCCCAGAAAAACUUGAUAUAUAUAUGAAGGGGGGGGGGGAAUGCAGGCAAAAGGGGAGUCGAGCUACUAACAACCCUGGGAUUAAUCACCUUGAAAUUAAUAGGUGAAAACAGCAGCCGCAGACUGGAUCUUGCAUUUGCAGGCUUCCCAUCUGCCCUGGCAAUGUCUGCAGCUGGCUGCCUCCCAGCUCUUAAUUUCCCAUUGUGCAUGGAAGAUCACGACUUCCCUAAUUCUCCCAUAAAUGUGACCCAGUGGGUAGAAGGGGGGGAGGGAGGGCCUUCUCCUGCCUCCUAUUGAAACUCUUCCCAUCAAAGUCUCGCAGCGGCUUCCUCUUCCGAAGAGGAAGAGCCUCUGGCUACACCCUGGACUCUCUGCCUGGCUUGUUUGUUUAACCUUCAGCCGGGCAUUCCUAACGAGAGGUAGGAUUCCGUUUUCACCAGCUGACAUUUUGCCACAUGUCCGCGGCGCGACUUAAUGAGAUGUGGCAGUCGACAAAAAUACACCCUCGUUGGUUAUUACCCCAUUGUGUGGGAUGCUGCCCUUUCCUCUGGAAGGCGAUGCCCUCCGACAGCAAGGACAUGUAAACAUUGCCCCAGAAAAUGUGGAAAUGACUUUUUUUAUUAUUUUAAGAAACAUAAGUGCAGGUUUAUACAAUAGUACCCUGGAAGAACUCCAGAUCUGUUCUCCUUCCAGAUCUCCACAAUGUCUCUUGAGGAAGUCCAGGGAAAUGCUCCUCAAAUGUCUGAUGGCUUCAUCACUUCUUUUUCUUCUGAAUGGAAACUGGAGGAACAUUUGGCUGGAGAUGCCUUAGGGACGGGCAGGUGGGGCUACCCACCUGUCAGUCACCUGACAUCACAACGAUGUCAGUUGGCUUGUCUUUGCCUGUGUGGUUUGCUAGUAGUCCAUCAUCUUUUACUGAGUGGCGAUGUUAUGCUGACGAUGAUUUGGGUUGUAUUGUGUUGCAUUGGUUUUAUUCUUACCUGGGUCUUAAAGUAAAGGUAAAGGGACCCCUGACCAUUAGGUCCAGUCGUGGCCGACUCUGGGGUUGUGGCGCUCAUGUCGCUUUAUUGGCCGAGGGAGCCGGCAUACAGCUUCCGGGUCAUGUGACCAGCAUGACUAAGCCGCUUCUGGCAAACCAGAGCAGCGCACGGAAACGCCGUUUACCUUCCCGCCAGAGACUUGCACUUUAACGUGCUUUUGAACUGCUAGGUUGGCAGGAGCAGGGACCGAACAACGGGAGCUCACCCCGUUGCGGGGAUUCGCAACCGCCGACCUUCUGAUCGGCAAGUCCUAGGCUCUGUGGUUUAACCCACAGCGCCACCCGCAUCCCUUACCUGGGUCUUAGCAGUGUUUUAAAACUGGCCUUUAGGAGUAUUUACUUCUACACUGACUUGUAAACUAGGAAUGGCCAAUUUCACCUGGCCCAUAAAGGCUCUGGAUAAUUGCAUUCAGGCUCUGGUUGAAGUUUGCCCCAAACCUCAAGCAUAAGGGGAAAAAGUGAGAAAUGGCAUGCUUUAAAGUGUUGAUAUCUAUCUCUGUUGGAUUUUGUUUGGAAUGCCCUGGCUAUGCCUCAGAGGACACACUCCAAACCGUUGGAGGACACCAACUUUAUUAUGGCACUUGAAAAGGUCCGUUUCCAGAGCGCAAUGCUCCCUCCAUUCCCAAAACCACUGUCAGGAUAGUAAUAACAGCUCUCAAGCAUAAACAUGCUGACUACCCUUGAUUUAAACCACUAGCGGAACCUUUAUUGUGCCGAAAAGUGCUCUUGAAAGGAUUAACAGUGGAGACCUUAUUUAAUUUGGUCUUAUUUCUAUUUUCCAGACCUCUACCUUCUUGAGGAUGCAGUUUUAGUCGCAGUUGCUAUGGAGAAGAUCAAGGAGCAGUUUUCCAGUCUCCAAAUAGCAAAACGGUGUGCACUGGCAAAAGACCCCACUUAUCUGUUGGACUUGGAUAUUUCAAGAGGCGGAGGGAGCCAGUUGGUGGCCGUUUCGUGUUCCGAUAAAUCAAUCAGGGUUUACAACAGAGAGACGCUCACUUUGCUGCGGGAAUAUAGCAGCCGUCCCGGGCUGCUCAGCGGCGUCCGAUUCGCACACGCGUGUGAAAGUGUGUUGUUCUCCGCUUGCAGCGACGGAACAGUGAAAUGCUGGGACACGCGCUUGGCGACCGCAGGGCCGACGCAGUUGUUCCGUGGCUCCCUUUCAAAUGUCUUCAUUAGCUUUGACGUAAGCUGCAACGACCUCAUAGUCUGCGCUGGAACGGAAAAAGUGGGGGACGAUGUGUUCAUGGCCUUCUGGGAUGCUCGCAGCUGCGCGAGUAGUGUAGCUUCCAGCAAAGAGCCUCUGGGCUUCUACUCGGAGACCCACAACGAUGACAUCACCAAAAUUCGUUUCCACCCCAUCAAACAGAACCUGGUAGUUUCUGGGUCAACCGACGGGCUGGUGAACGUGUUUGACAUUAACAAGGACAGCGAAGAGGAUGCGCUGGUUGCUACUUGCAACUCGGACUCGUCGGUCAGUUCCGUCGGGUGGUCCGGAAAAGAUUACCGGCAGGUCUAUUGCACGACGCACGACGAAGGGUUUUGUCGGUGGGAUCUCGCCCAGCUGGAGACCGAGGAGCCAGUCACAUUGCUGCAUGUUCCAGACGCCCGAGAAGCAGGAAGUGGACAAAGCACCGAGGUGGACUACUUAAUCGGUGGCUUGUACCAUGAAACGAUGGACAAGUUGGUUGUUGUUGGGGGAACGUCAUCAGGAAACAUCUGCCUCCUGGACUGUGGGGUUGGUGGCCUGAGUUCUGUAGGAGUCCUUCAGGAGGGACACUUUGCUCCCGUCCGCUCAUUCUGCUGGAACGUGGCAGAUGAUUCUUUGCUGACCGGUGGAGAGGAUGCGCAGUUGUUGCUAUGGAAACCUGGAGCCGUGGGGAAAGCCUUUGGAAAGAAGACUUCUAUGAAGACUGCUUCCUCUGUUCAUCAGCGGCUGAGAGUUCACCAGCACGCUUUCAAGAGCAAGAAAAAACGGACGUCUUUGUAAAGAGGUGGCUGCGAUGGGGAGUGAGGAGGCCUCUACCUGAAAGUGCUUCCAGAAGGGUACCUGCCUUAGUGCGUUUCAGGGGGGAAACAAGUCCUGCAGCAAUUGAAGACUUAAUUUAUUAUGGCAUAAUGUUUCGUGGACUAAGGUUUGCUUCAUCACGCACGGAAGCUUAUGCCAUAAUAAAUUAGUUGGGUCUUUAGGGUGCUGCAGUUUUCCACUUGUAGAGAGUUGACCUUUUGAAAAGUUGCAACACUUUUUGGGGGGGAGUGAGUUCCUUGCAGGUAUUUGAUGUGUACAGCUCGACAGCUGUGGCCUUGUUUACUCGGAAAAUAUCCUCUCCGUGUCAGUGGGGACCCCAACUUCCAGCAAAGUUGGCACUGGAUUGGUGCCUCGAUAGGAGAAGCCUGCCAAGCAAAUUAAAAGGUAUCGUUCUUUUGUCUGAAGCUGCUUAUGACAGGCUUGUUCAAACAUUUCUCUCCAGAUCCCAACAGCCCAAAUUAUAUUUUGCUAUGGAUGGAAUUUUCUUAAAACGAUGCCUGAAGUCACGGGGAGUGGAGGAAGAGGGAGAUAAGCCUACUAAAAGAGGCAUAAGGGACAAAUUGAGAAUGGCAAGAUUAGAAAGUUCCCUUCUGCACCCCCUCAGCUCUGUGAAACUUGAUAUUUGUCACACAAGGCCUCCUCUCCAAUGAAUGAACACCCACAGCAUCUCUCUUAUUUUGGGGUGGGGCUGGGGACUAGCCUGUGGCCUCCAAUCAUCCCUGAUCAUUUUCUGCAGCUAAUGGAUGUUGUAGUUCUUACCUGCUUCUGAUUCCAUCCAUUUUCUGCAGGUGGGAAGGGAACUGGUCUCUGUUUGGAAAUACUACAAGCUGAAUAAAUGGUUCCCAUGAUUUGGAGGUGCACACACCCAGUUCCUUAUUUGUUAUCAGAGGCCAUUGUGCAUUUAUGAGCAUUGUGCAAACAUGACUGUUAUGACUGUAGACAUUUAUUGUGGAUCUUGAAGGGGGAGUCUUACCAGUCAUGGAAGCUUAUGAUUUUUGGUAGUGCAAACAUUAUUUUGAGGUCUUGGGGCAUAUUGGGUGAUGCCCAAGUAAAUCUUACUGAAAAGUAGACCCACUGAAAUUUAGCCUGUUGAUUUUACUGGAUCUACUCUGAUCAUAGCUAAUUCGCUCAUUCCCUUUAGUUCCUCUUCUGAAUGAGUUGUUUUUCGAACUUUGGUCCAGAUGAGGAACUGAAAACUGGGAACUGCUAGCUAACUUUAGCACUGCGUAUCACAUCAAGACACAAGGUAGUUUGUUUCGAUCUCUGCAAACUUUCAGUUCCCUGAAAUCCAUGGAUAUAAAAAUGAAAGUCUGGAAUCUGAAGCUAUGGAUCUUCAAAAACUGAUUAUUAUUAGAGAAAAUGUCUUACUUAUUUUGUAAAUGAUACAUGGAUUCAUGUGGCUGAUUUUGUAGGCACAUCAUUGCUUUGAAGUUGUUUACAAUACCCAGAUUUACUUAAUACCACGAUCUGUCAAGGCUGGAGACAGGCACUGAUUGGGGUCUCUCCCCCACCCCCACCCCAAGAGCUGGCACCAGUUUGAAACCAAGACUGUGCCUUGUAUGUUUCUUCCCGUCACUUAGCAGUAAACAGGUGCUGCAGAUUUUUUAAAAAAUAUAGUUUCUUUUCUUUCUGGAUUGAUGAUGACAGUAAGAAUAACAGAUUAAGUAUAGAUAAUAAAAACUUCCUUUUGUUUACUACAGUGUGGGUGGUUUCUGUAACCAACUCUCCGAUUUUUCCCGACUUGCAAAAGCUUAGUUUUAAAAAACGAAAGCAGCUUUGUACAUUUUGUAUUCCAUAAAUAUACUAGGCAAUAUUCAUCACAGUCAUUCUGUUAGCACAAGGACCUUCAGCUGUGCAAUGAGUCUUUCCUUCUCUCUUUUCUCCCCAUGCAUCCCCCAACAAAAUAUUAAAAACACGAUACAACCUCGGCCAUUUAAAGCUUCCCUAAACAUGGCAGCCUUCAGAUGUCUUCUAAAAGUCAGAUAGUUCUUUAUUUCCUUACCAUCUGACGGGAGGGCGUUCCACAGGGCGGGUGCCACCACUGAGAAGGCCUUCUCCCUGUUUCCCUGUAACCUCACUUCUCGCAGGGAGGGAACCGCCAGAAGGCCCUCAGAGCUGGACGAUGGAGGUGGAGAUGCUCCUUUGGGUAUAAAAGGCCAAGGCCGCUUAGGGCUUUAAAUGUCAAAGCUAGUGCCUGCCAACAUCAAGAAUACUCAGCUAGGUAGAACAGCGAUCUUGAUUCGUGCUUUUCCAUCGUCACUACAGCAGGAUCUUCUGCCUACAACAUUUCAGGUUCUGGCUCCUACAACUGACCUCUGAAGAUUCUGGGUUGGAGAAUGUUCCUUCCAGGGUACAGACCCAGGUUUGGCUUCCUGCAGACUUGAGCCAGCUCCAACCCCUUGGACAGAAAAUGCUUGUUGGCUAUUGCUUGUGUCCCUGAACUUCUCUUUUAUUUAAAGAAGAUUGAAAAAGACAUGCAACCUAAAUUUACCUCCCUUUUGGGAUCUGUAGAUCGGCAUGGUGGUGGGUGGGAUGAACUGACAUUUUCCUUUCUGUAUCCAUAUGGCAAUGCCGUCACAAAACCAGGCAUGUGGAUGGUUGUUCGCUGUGCGAUGAACUUUGCUAUUGCCAUACGUACAGCAGACACGAUUUUGGCAGUUGUCAAGUACAUGGGGGCGUCGGAGUUCGUCGCUCGCUGGACCUCUUCAGGCAACUUCAUCUACUUGACUUGUCAGCUUUUAAGGGGCUUUGGGUUGGGCUCAGCGUUUGAGGGAUUCCACACGCCCCAAGUGUGGUGCAUUUUGAGGGGGGAAACAAAGCGUCACUUCUGGAAAAUGGCCUUGUUUCGUCAUCCUAGGCUUCAUCAGUAGAAUAGGCUCAUAUGUAAUAUUACAGUGGUGCCUCGGGUUAAGUACUUAAUUCGUUCCGGAGGUCCGUUCUUAACCUGAAACUGUUCUUAACCUGAAGCACCACUUUAGCUAAUGGGGCCUCCUGCUGCUGCCGCGCCGCCAGAGCACGAUUUCUGUUCUCAUCCUGAAACAAAGUUCUUAACCUGAAGCACUAUUUCUGGGUUAGCGGAGUCUGUAACCUGAAGCGUAUGUAACCCGAGGUACCACUGUAUUACAGGAUAGUGGAUCUUAUAGCAUAGUAGUAGUUGCAGCCUAGGGUGAUGAAACAAGGCUAAUAUUCCGGAAAUCCUUGUCUUAGAUUCUGUGAAACUGCAACAACCCUUCAUGUAUAUUAUUGGACUCUAUGAACAGACAGGUAGAAUAGACACUUAUACAUGUAUGGACCUUAUGCAUGAACUGACUGGAGAAUGAACUGAUCCACUGGGUCUUCUGCUUUUUUCAUUGAACUUUAUGAGACUUCCGUUGAAAUCUACAAUUUGAUACAAUGAAUAGUAUACUUUAUUUAUUCAAAAGCACAGCCGGUUACGUCUUGUGUGUUUAUAUAAAGAUCUGAGCUGGCACAGAAACUGGCUCCCCUAGCCCCUAGGAAUAAAAUCAAUUACAAAACU